AAACUUGCUGUAAAGAGACCCAGUAGCCAUGGGUCUGUCCGCCUCCUCCCCGGCAGCUGCGGGUCAGUCGCCAAACGCCCCCAAGCAGCAUCCCACGGAGUCCCCACCUUCGGAAUGCCCCAUGCAUCAGGAAAAAAUGAGCGGUUGUCCAAUGCAUAUGAAGACUCCUGACCAUAGAGCUGAGAACACAGAUGAUGUUCCUGCACAUCAGCAUAGAGCGUAUGAAUUUGUAGCAUGUCCCGUGACAUCACAAAUGAAAGAUGACAUAGAUCCUAGCAAUAUGAUGCCACCUCCUAAUCAGCAGCCAUCUCCAGGUCAACCAUUUCCAUUGUCAACUGUUAGAGAAGAAUCUUCCAUUCCUAGAGCACAUUCUGACAAGAAAUGGGUCUACCCUUCAGAGCAAAUGUUCUGGAAUGCUAUGCUAAGAAAAGGGUGGAGGUGGAAAGACGAUGACAUAACAGGUGAAGACAUGACCAACAUCAUUAAGAUUCACAACCAAAAUAAUGAGCAAGCUUGGAAGGAGAUUUUAAAGUGGGAAGCACUUCAUGCUGGGGAAUGUCCAUGUGGACCAUCACUGAUGCGGUUUGGAGGCAAAGCAAAGGAGUAUUCACCAAGAGCCAGAAUACGUUCAUGGAUGGGAUAUGAACUUCCCUUUGACAGACAUGAUUGGAUUGUUGACCGAUGUGGAAAAGAAGUGCGCUAUGUCAUUGAUUACUACGAUGGUGGAGCAGUAGAUAAGAACUACCAGUUCACUAUCCUGGAUGUUCGCCCCGCGUUUGACUCUCUCUCGGCUGUGUGGGACAGAAUGAAGGUAGCUUGGUGGCGGUGGACUUCAUAACUGCUCCUGUGGUGUGUAGUCGGAAAGUAAACCACUUUUCUCCUAGACUAAGGAUAAGUGAAUACUGGGACUUGAAGUAGAAGUUCAUUGCAACCAUCGUUAUUUUCUUCAUCACCACUUGUUCUCUGGGGAUGGGGAGGGAGGAUGGGGAAAUGUGUUGUUAAGUACACCGGUGCUUUAUGGUGUUUCAAAUGAAAUAAUAAAGUUAUAGUAGCAAAAACAUAUCUUAACUUCCUUAAGAGCUGGGAAGUCUUUUCUUGCUUUGUCACAGAUUCUGCAUAAGCUUGCUGCCUUUUCAUGACUCCAGAGCUGCACCAAAUACAUUAGGUUUCUGAUUCUGACUGGAGUUUUGAGUAUUAUUUAAAUAGCGAAAACUGGAAAUCUCAUAAAUGAUUUCACGUAAUUACAGCUUUUGGAUACUUUAGAUGAUGAAUAAAGGGUAAAAGAUCUGGACUGUUUCAAAAGGCAUGUUUUAUUAACUAUAUAAAACCGUGUGUUUGUUUUCACAUGGACACUACCUGUUCAAACACAUGCUUCCUCAGAAAACGUCAAUAAAGUUUAUUCUGUUAGAGGAAGUAUAGUGUAGUAUGAGUAUUUUUAAAGGUAUGUUAAGUUGAAAAUAAGGAGAAUAUAUGCAUGCCUUAAUCUGUGAUUUAUCUUUGAACAGAAGAACAUGUGUUAGAAACAGGAAAUGAUUGUCAGUUACUUUUAAAACAUUUCUAAAAGGAGAUAAAAUUGAUAUUUAAUGGCUAUUUAUUUGAGUAUUGAAAAGGUUUGUUUUCUGGUGUCUAAUGCAUGUCUCAAGUCAUUCAGGACAGAAAUAAGCCUUAUUCAAAGAAACACGCAGUGCAUCUGUAUUUUGCAUCUUGGGUUCAUCAGCUGUACUCUAGCAGGUGGGUUUGUUUUUUUCCUUAUACUACAGAAUCGUACAAGGGUGGAUGAGUGCAGUCAUAGGCGUUACUGCGUAGUGAUUAUAGGCAGGCAUAUUACAGGGUGCGUGUAACUUGGCUAACAGGGAAGCAAAAAUGCCAAGAAGUAAGGUUGAUGUGAGCGCUUUCUAAGAGUGAUGCGUGUUAAUGCUGUGUGGCUUAAAGAUUUGAUUAAAGUUUGUGCUUAAUAAGGGAAACCAACUUUUUUUUUUUUUAAAGUCUUCCACUGUAAUAGCUUUAAGUCUGCAUGGCUUGGUACGUUUCAGUUAAAUAUUCCUCCAUUUCAGCAUAUUUUACUCUUGAGAAUGAGUCCUCCAUGCAAAACACUUGGGAAUGGAAGGAAUAAAAGAGUAUCAGAUUGUAGCUUCUCAAAUGGGAGAAGCUUACUUCAUGAAACUUCACAACAUUAGCUGGGAACCAGCUGUACGCUCAUUUUCUGAAAGUGGUUAUUUUUAACUGACAUGGGAAGCUUUAUUGGUUUUUUGGUCUGAAGGGAAAGCCCCUCAAUGUUUCAGUCAAGUAAUUUUCCACUUAGGAAAAAAAUAUUCAGGGAAGCUUUCAUACUUUAAAGUACUAGUAGAGAGGAACGGUUCCCCCUUCAGAGGCAACUGUCCUGCAUGGUAAGAAUAAAUAGUACCCAAAAGUCCAGAAUUCUAAAGAGAAAACCACUCUCUUAGCCCUAUCCACUUGCCUCAUUCCUUUUUCACUUUUUUGGUGAUUCAUAUAUAAAUGAAAAAUAGUUUGGGGCAAAAAAAAAAAUCUCCGAGUAGGCAUUUUAUAUGUAUGAGAUCUAUGAGAAAUGUGUGAGCUUGUAUUGGUAAUGAAAGAGCUACUUCUCUCUGUUCUAACAGUAAAAACAGGCUUACUGCUUUUUGGGGUGGUUUUUUUUUUUCCUUUGGUUGGUUUAUGUAUACAUUUGGUAACUUAGUAUAUGCACAGUUAUGUAUUUCUCACAAUUAAAUAUGGAAAAGAUACACCAAUGCAGGGAGUGCUUCAGAAGCUUCAAAAGAAGGAGUUUGCUUUGUUGAUUUCAUAAGUGUGAUGUUGAGCGCGUUAUGGAAGUUGUAAUUGCUGCUAAAUCUGAUGAAAGGUGUCACUUGCCACUUCAUGCGUUUACUGUCAUCUGUUAUGUUCCAUCUCACAUAGAUUCAAAAUUGUUCUUUUCUGUGCUACUGUUAAUGAAAUGUACUACUUUGUCAUCAAACAAAAAGGAGAAUCAAAUAAAUAUACUUUUCUUAA